CAUUGUGGAAGGACCUCUUCAGCAAUGAUUACUUCAGAGUUACCAGUGUUACAGGAUUCAACUAAUGAAACUACUGCCCAUUCCGAUGCUGGCAGCGAACUUGAAGAAACAGAGGUCAAAGGAAAAAGAAAAAGGGGUCGUCCUGGCCGGCCUCCAGCCCGCUGCGGGCUCGGCCUGGGCCGGGGCGCGAGGAGGGGCGUGGGGGGCAGGAAUGGGGGUGCCGGGGCGCGGGCCAGCUCCCCUGAAGUGGAGGUGGUGCGGGGCGCCGAGGGGGGCGCGGAGCUGCUGCCCUUUGCCCGGGACCGCGGGCCCUGCACCCUGGCCUGGAUGGCGAUGCGCAGCGCGCUGGCGUGCGCGGCAAACUCAACCUCGGAGCUGGUCAGCGUGGAGCAGACGCUGCUGGGGCCCCUCCAGCAGGAGCGUUCCUUUCCCAUCCACCUGAAGGACAGUGUUGAAUUUAGAAACAUCUGCAGUCAUUUGGCUCUACAGAUUGAAGGACAGCAGUUUGACAGAGACUUGAAUGCUGCCCACCAGUGUUUGAAGACAACAGUCAAGAAGCUGAUUCAGUCACUUGCUAAUCUCCCUUCAGAUGCUCACGUGUCCGUGGUGGAUGACUGGAUUGAAUCAUAUAAACAAGACAGGGACAUCGCACUUCUGGAUUUAAUCAACUUUUUUAUCCAGUGUUCAGGAUGUCGAGGUACUGUGAGAAUAGAGAUGUUUCGAAAUAUGCAGAAUGCAGAAAUCAUCAGAAAAAUGACUGAAGAAUUUGAUGAGGACAGUGGUGAUUAUCCUCUUACCAUGCCUGGACCUCAGUGGAAAAAAUUUCGUUCAAACUUUUGUGAAUUUAUUGGAGUCCUGAUUCGACAGUGUCAGUAUAGCAUAAUUUAUGAUGAGUAUAUGAUGGACACAGUUAUCUCCCUUUUGACUGGUUUGUCAGACUCCCAGGUCAGAGCUUUUAGGCAUACAAGUACCCUUGCUGCCAUGAAGCUCAUGACUGCUUUGGUGAAUGUUGCCUUAAACCUCAGUAUUCAUCAGGAUAAUACCCAGAGACAGUAUGAAGCUGAGAGAAAUAAAAUGAUUGGGAAGAGAGCCAAUGAAAGAUUGGAGUUACUACUUCAGAAACGCAAAGAGCUACAAGAAAAUCAGGAUGAAAUUGAAAAUAUGAUGAACUCUAUUUUUAAGGGUAUAUUUGUUCAUAGAUACCGUGAUGCUAUUGCUGAGAUUAGAGCCAUUUGUAUUGAAGAAAUUGGAGUAUGGAUGAAAAUGUAUAGUGAUGCCUUCCUAAAUGACAGUUACCUAAAAUAUGUUGGCUGGACUCUUCAUGACAGGCAAGGGGAAGUCAGGCUAAAGUGUCUAAAAGCUCUACAGAGUCUGUAUACCAACAGAGAAUUAUUCCCCAAAUUGGAGCUAUUCACUAACCGAUUCAAGGAUCGCAUUGUAUCAAUGACACUUGAUAAAGAAUAUGAUGUUGCUGUGGAAGCUAUUCGAUUGGUUACUCUGAUACUUCAUGGAAGCGAAGAAGCUCUUUCCAACGAAGACUGUGAAAAUGUUUACCACUUGGUGUACUCGGCACAUCGCCCUGUUGCUGUGGCAGCUGGAGAGUUCCUUCACAAAAAGCUAUUUAGCAGACAUGACCCACAAGCAGAAGAAGCAUUAGCAAAGAGGAGGGGUAGGAACAGCCCAAAUGGGAACCUCAUUAGGAUGCUGGUUCUUUUCUUUCUUGAAAGUGAGUUACAUGAACAUGCAGCCUACUUGGUGGACAGUUUGUGGGAGAGCUCUCAAGAACUAUUGAAAGACUGGGAAUGUAUGACAGAGUUGCUAUUAGAAGAACCUGUUCAAGGAGAAGAAGCAAUGUCUGACCGUCAAGAGAGUGCUCUUAUAGAGCUAAUGGUGUGUACGAUUCGUCAAGCUGCUGAGGCACACCCUCCGGUGGGAAGGGGUACCGGCAAAAGAGUGCUAACUGCCAAAGAAAGGAAAACUCAAAUUGAUGAUAGAAACAAAUUGACUGAGCAUUUUAUUAUCACACUUCCUAUGUUACUAUCAAAGUAUUCUGCAGAUGCAGAGAAGGUAGCAAACUUGCUACAAAUUCCACAGUAUUUUGAUUUAGAAAUCUACAGCACAGGUAGAAUGGAAAAGCAUCUGGAUGCUUUGUUAAAACAGAUUAAGUUUGUUGUGGAGAAACAUGUAGAAUCAGAUGUUCUAGAAGCCUGCAGUAAAACCUAUAGCAUCUUAUGCAGUGAAGAGUAUACCAUCCAGAACAGAGUUGACAUAGCUCGAAGCCAGCUGAUUGAUGAGUUUGUAGAUCGUUUCAAUCAUUCUGUGGAAGACCUAUUACAAGAGGGAGAAGAAGCUGAUGAUGAUGAUAUUUACAACGUUCUUUCUACAUUAAAGCGGUUAACUUCUUUUCACAACGCUCAUGAUCUCACAAAAUGGGAUCUGUUUGGUAAUUGCUACAGAUUAUUGAAGACUGGAAUUGAACAUGGAGCUAUGCCAGAACAGAUAGUCGUACAGGCACUGCAGUGUUCCCAUUACUCGAUUCUUUGGCAGUUGGUGAAAAUUACUGAUGGUUCUCCUUCCAAAGAGGAUUUGUUGGUAUUGAGGAAAACAGUGAAAUCCUUUUUGGCUGUUUGCCAACAGUGCCUAUCUAAUGUUAAUACUCCAGUGAAAGAACAGGCUUUCAUGUUACUCUGUGAUCUUUUGAUGAUUUUUAGCCACCAAUUAAUGACAGGUGGCAGAGAGGGCCUUCAGCCUUUGGUGUUUAAUCCAGAUACUGGACUCCAGUCUGAACUCCUCAGUUUCGUAAUGGAUCACGUUUUCAUUGACCAAGAUGAGGAGAACCAGAGCAUGGAGGGUGAUGAAGAAGAUGAAGCUAAUAAAAUUGAAGCCUUACAUAAAAGAAGGAAUCUACUUGCUGCCUUCAGCAAACUUAUCAUUUAUGACAUUGUUGACAUGCAUGCAGCUGCAGACAUUUUCAAACACUACAUGAAGUACUACAAUGACUACGGUGAUAUUAUUAAGGAAACACUGAGUAAAACCAGGCAAAUUGAUAAAAUUCAGUGUGCCAAGACUCUCAUUCUCAGUUUGCAGCAGGUAAGGAAUUUGGAAGGAGAGAGGGAUGGCAUAGAGUUUGCCUUUAAAUACCAAAAUCAGAAAGGACAAGAAUAUCCACCUCCUAAUCUGGCUUUUCUUGAAGUACUAAGUGAAUUUUCUUCUAAACUUCUUCGACAGGACAAAAAGACUGUUCAUUCCUACCUAGAGAAGUUCCUUACCGAGCAGAUGAUGGAAAGGAGAGAAGAUGUAUGGCUUCCACUCAUCUCCUAUAGAAAUUCAUUAGUUACUGGCGGUGAAGAUGAUAGAAUGUCUGUGAACAGUGGAAGUAGCAGCAGCAAAACCUCCUCAGUAAGGAAUAAGAAAGGACGACCCCCACUUCAUAAAAAGCGAGUAGAAGAUGAGAGUCUGGAUAACACAUGGCUAAACAGGACUGACACCAUGAUUCAGACUCCUGGCCCCCUGCCAGCACCACAACUCACUUCCACUGUACUGCGGGAGAAUAGCCGGCCCAUGGGAGAGCAGAUUCAAGAACCUGAGUCUGAACAUGGUUCUGAACCAGACUUUUUACACAAUCCUCAGAUGCAGAUCUCUUGGUUAGGCCAGCCGAAGUUGGAAGACUUAAAUCGGAAGGAUAGAACAGGAAUGAACUACAUGAAAGUGAGAACUGGAGUAAGGCAUGCCGUUCGGGGUCUAAUGGAGGAAGAUGCUGAGCCCAUCUUUGAAGAUGUGAUGAUGUCAUCCCGGAGCCAGUUAGAAGAUAUGAAUGAAGAGUUUGAAGACACCAUGGUUAUUGAUCUGCCUCCAUCAAGAAAUCGGCGAGAGAGAGCUGAGCUGAGGCCAGACUUCUUUGACUCUGCAGCUAUCAUAGAAGAUGAUUCAGGAUUUGGAAUGCCUAUGUUCUGAAGUCUGAAGAAAAUUUACAAAUUUGGAACUCUAUUAUUUAGAGCUAGAGGCCUAUAUACUGUGAUAGCUUGUAUGGGGAAAAAACACUUUUGAUGUGAUCUGAUUUGUUUUUUAAUCAAAUGAUUAAGGUCAAUCCCUUUUUGCAGUGACAGAAGAGGAGCAUGUAAAUUACCCACAGGAAUGUUGGUGAAUGUCACCUCAGAAAGACUGGCCUUAAAAUCAUUUGUGUCCUAAUGUUGGACUUAUCCCAAUACAGAUGUGUGUGUUUUUCUGGAGGGAGGAAGAAAUUUUAAAUUUUUAAAACAGCUGUCAAGAUAAACACUGUUAUACACCUGUUUUAUGAAAACAGCAUUGAGUAAAAAAAAAAAAAAUAUUUUUAACUUUAUUUUCCUGUUGUACAAUUUAAAAACCGUU